GUGACCUACCUUUACAUUUCAAUUUUAAUUCAGGUACACGUCGUAUGUAAAUGUUCCCUCUGAUACGAGCUAGUCGAGUUAUCAGUGAGAGAUAACGGCGGACAUGACCGACAUUGACUUUGUGUUUGGGGGGCCUGGUCCUGAGGCGGUAGCCGGAUGUAAAGACAUUCUUCUACGAGCCACACAGGAACUUCUGACAGGGGAGGUGGACGAGCAUGCGUUGUUUGAUUACGGGCCUCCAUCCGGAGCUCCAGAGGUCAGAGGUCAACUGGCGAAAUUUUUGACAGCUCAGUAUAGGGACAAAGUUGAAAGUGAUAAUCUCUUCAUCACCGUUGGAGCUACUCACGGGAUACACCUGGUAACUACUGUACUGUUGGGUAAAGAUGUGCCCAUCUUUGUCGAAGAUCCUUCAUUUUUCCUCGCUCUUGGGAUGUUUAAAGAUGACUUUGGACAUCAAGUGAUUCCUGUUCCGACAGAGGAUGAUGGUAUAGACGUUACGGCUCUAGAGAAACUGUUACAGGAAACACCCGCUCCCACAAAAACAAAAAGUCCCUUCCGCCGGAUGUUGUACACCAUGACAGUCCAUCACAAUCCUACGGGAUCCUGUCUUUCACCAGAAAAGUGCCGGCGUCUUGUUUCUUUGGCCAGACAGUAUGACAUGUUGUUGUUCGGUGAAGACGUCUAUAAUCUGUUGACAUACACCAACGACGGUGUACCUCCACCCAGACUCUUCUCUUACGACAAAAAGGAUGAUCCGGACUUUCAAGGACACACCUUGUCAAACUGUACUUUCUCCAAGAUUUUUUCUCCAGGUUUACGUGUGGGGUGGAUAGAGACCUCGCCUAGAAUUGUCAAAAUGUUGAUAGACUGUUACACUACAACAAGUGGGUUCUGUUAUAACCAUUACAUGUCUUGUGUAGUUGCAAAGGCAUUGGAGCUUGGUCUUGUACAAUCAAACAUAAAGAGACUGCAAAAAUUAUACGGCGAGAGAAUCAAAAGAGCAUGUCGCCGUUUAAAGGAAAACCAACUCCCGGUGUCCUUUGUUGAACCAACUGGUGGUUUUUUCAUUUGGAUAAAACUACCAGAAAACAUGGAUGCAGCAGAUCUUUGUGAAAAAGCCAAAGAAAAUCAUAUUCUUGUACAAGUUGGUACUAUAGCAUCAGCAACUGGAGGAUUUAGGAAUUAUAUCCGCCUCUCCAUGAGCAUCUGUACAGUGGACAAAAUAGAGGAGGGAAUAGAUAAAUUAUCAGCUGUGAUUAGGACGUACCUCAAAUAAUUUUUAUUUGGUUGUCAUAACUGUAUGUCAACACGGUGCAUUACGGUGCAUUUAUAGACAUGGUAGUUCUUAUGAAAAACUAUUUAUAUUCUAGAUUUUUAUUGUAUACAUGUUAUAUUGUGUAAGUAACAAAUAA